AUGUUAAAUAAAAUAUUGAAUGAUAUUUUAGAAAAAUGGGAAAGAAAAGAAAUUAAUUUAUCAAAUAUAUGCUUGUGUUUUCAUUAUUUAAAAAAAGAUUUAACAACAAUAGAUGAUAAAAAUUAUUUUUUUAUAAAUGGCAUUAAUUAUUUAACUUUUAAAAAAAUUUUACAUUUAGCGGAAGAUCAAAAUAAUAGUAAUAAUAAAAAUCAAUAUUUAUAUCUUAUUUUUACCAAAUUUAUUUUUAGUUUAGAAUGUGACUUUAUAAUAAAUAAGAAUUUUUUAUCUAAGCAUAAGGAAUAUUAUUUAAAAGAAUUAGAUGUAUAUGUAGACAAAAAAGCAAAGAAAGGUGAAAGUAAAAAUAAUGAAGUUGAUAUAUUAGAUAAAAGAGAUAAUGCUAAAGAAAAAAGAAAAAAAAAAUUAAAUAAAGAAAAAGAGGAUAAAAAUAUUGUAAAUACGAAAAAUUAUGAUGUGAAUAAGAAAAAAACAGAAGACAAAAAUGACCUAAUUUUUUUUGAAAAAAUAGAUAUACUUAUAAAAAAUUUGAUAGACUUAAAAAUAAAUUCUAAUGAUAAUAAUGAAUUUUUAAAUUACAAGAUUUACUCUUAUUACUCAAUACUUAAAUUUAUUUAUUAUUUAUCUGAAAAUGAGGAAAAAAUUAGUAAAUUUUUCUUCAAACAUAUUAAAAAUAUAUUAUUUUCCAUUAUAAACGUAAAUUUAUCUGUAUUCCAUAAUGAGCAUACAAUGAGUAUAGUUAAUAAAAUUAUUUUCAUCAUAUUGAACUUAAAUGUUCAUGUUAUAAAAGAUUAUGAGAAAGAAUUUUUUAAUUUCCUAUAUAUGCAAUUAAGUCAAAAGAAAGUUUCCCUAGAUAUAAUUAAAGAUAUUAUUGUUUUAUAUUUAAAAAAAAAAAAUAAUAUAAUUUUAAAUAACGAAAUUUACAAAGAUAUGAACAAUUAUGCUAAUGAUAAUAUAAAUUUGUUUUUAAAAUACGGAAGUAAAGAAAAUUUAUAUUUUUUUCUAAAUGCCAUAAAUAUUUAUGAAAAAUUAAUUAAUUCCAAAAUAAGUAAUACAAAUAAUAAUUUAUAUGUUAUAAAACAUAUGGAAUAUGUAAAUAUUAAUCUCAGUAUUAAAGAUAUUGUUUUGAAUAUUAAUAAAUUAUUAGAAUAUUUAAUGAAGAUAUCUAAAGAUUAUAUAAAUAACGAGAAAAUGAGUAUUUAUUUAAAUGAUACAAAUUAUAUAUAUGAUAAGGAAGAAAAAAAAAAUGUAUAUAAUAUUGAAAAUGUUUUAAGAACAAUAAAUAAAAAAAAGAAAUGUAUUUAUAUAGAUAACUUGAACGCAGAUAAAAAUAGUAGUAGCAAUAUUAAUAAUAUUUUUAGUUGUAUAACCGAUAAUAUAUUUAAUUUUUUCAGAGGAGUUACAGUUAAAUUAAAUUCAGAAAUUAUAAGCAUUAACGCUAACUAUUUUGUAAAUUUUAUGAAAUUUUUUUUUAUAUACAAUAAUGAAAACGAUUUAUUUUUAUCAUACUUUUUAAAUAAUAAUAUUUAUAUAUAUGCAAAAGAAUUAUUAAACAAAUGUUUUGCUAUCUUUGAUGAAUUUGUAAAUUAUAUUGUUUACAUAUUUAGAAUAGUGAAUGUAUUAACUCAAAACAAGCUGUUAGUAAAAAAUGACUUAAAAGAAAAUAAAAAGGAAGAAGAUGAAAAGUUAUCUAAUAUAUUAAAUAAAAUAAAGGAAGUUGUAAGAUGUGAUAAUAUCACUGAUAUAUAUUAUAAAUUAUAUAAUAAUAAUAUAAAAGUUCUUUGUUUAUUUCUUAAAUAUUUAUCGCAUUAUACCAAUGAGACAAUAAAGGAAAAAAUAUUAAUUCAUUAUGAGCAUUUUAUUUUUUUUAUUUUUAAUGAGAGAGAUAACAUUAACUUCAAUUUAAUUUUUAAAAAUAAUAUCUCUUUUUAUUUAACUUUAAGAAUGUUGUAUACUUUUGUAAAAAUUAAAAAUUGUAAUUUUGAAAAUGUUCACAAUAUUUAUUUUAAAUUGAGUAAAUUAGAAACGGAGUUAAAUAUAAAUGAAGAAUGUUCAUUUUUUUAUAAAAAUAAACUGUUUAACAAUGUAUAUUUUAUAAAAAAAAUAAAAAUAUUUUUAUCAAAAAAUUUGGAUUCAAUUUUUUAUGAUAAAAAAAUUUACAUUAAUAAAAAAGAAAAAUUUGCAAAAUUUGAAAAACAGUUGGCAGGAAAAAUGAAUAAAACAAAUGAGAAUCUUUUAAAAAAAAAAAAAAAAAAUAGCAAGUCUAAUGAUGAUGAUGUUUACGAUAGAAAAAGAGUUAAAACAACGUAUGAAAAUAGUGAAAUAUUGACAAAAGAAACUUUAGAAAGUGAUCAGAUGAAUGAAUACUUAUCUCUAAGUAGCGAUAAAGAAAGCUCUGAUAGUAGUAACGAAAGUGAACUUUUAGAAAAAAAAAAAAAUAAAAAUAUAAAGAAAAGUUAUGUAGAAGAACAUAAAGAAUGGAGUAAUGAAAAUGAUACUUGUAUUCGAAAUGAAGAAAUAAAAAUGAAUAAUGAAGAAGAAAAUAAGGGAAAUGUCAUUAAAAACAAAGAAAAAAAAGAGAAAACUCUAAUACACAGUAAGUAUGAUGAAGAAAUAAAUAAGGGAAAGAAUAGAAAUAGAAUAAAAAAAAAAAAAAAAAUUAACAAUAAUAAUAAUAAUAAUAUAUUAGAUAAACAAGAACAAAAAGAUAUUGUUGUAAAACGUCCUAUCAUAAGUAACUUAAAUAAUAAAUCUAGUGUCAAAUCAGUAAAUGGAUGCAUAUCCAAAUUAAAAAGUAAAACAAGAAAUAAUAAGGAAAAACCUAAAAAUUCUUAUUCUAAAAAUUCAAACAAAAAUACUAUUAAUUUAAAUAAGUUAAAUAAUAUAAAAAUAGUAUCGUCCUCUGAUGCUAUAAACUCCUUAAACUACAUGAAACAAUCAAUUUUAAGUGAUUUAUAA